AUGUCGAAACCGGCACCAUCAGGAGCAGCGGCGAUGAGGCGACCAUCGCGCACGCCCAAUCCGACCGACAAGAUCCUCGGUGUCUUCUCCAACGUCGAGCCAUCGCCGACGCUCGACCACAUGAUCCGCUACCUCUCCACCUGGUCGGGCACGGACAAGUGUCUCAUGCUCACUCAAUACUCGUCCAAGCUCGUCAUCGCUCUGCUCAACCUCCAGUACGCACUGCGACUGCGCUUGCUCGGCAUCAAAUCCACCAAGCCCUCAUCCGUUGGGCAACGAGUGGCCAAGCUCAGCUCGCUCAUUAGCGAUGCUAGGAUGCUGUACCGUAUCUGGGGCAUUCUGCCGAUCAUCAAGUGGAUGAUCGGGCUGGAGAGGUCGCCGCCUCCGACACGACUUCUGCACAACAUCGAGCGCAUUCAGGGCUGGUCCAUGCUGGCGUACUGCCCGAUGGAGGCGCUGGCCUAUCUGGGAAGCCACGGUGUUGUCUCGGUGCCGACUACGAUUCAGAACGCCUUCUGGCUUUGGGGCUCGCGGUUCUGGGCGCUCUACGUGGGUCUGCAACUGCUCCACCUCGUCGAGGACAACCGACUUCUUCGACUGCGCGCAAAGGCACUCGAGCGCUCCCGCGGUCACCCUACACCCAACAAGAUCCAGAUCAACACCAACGGCUACCUCCCCUCCUCGGGCGCAAACACGCCAGCAGCCUCCGAAAAGUCCGGCUCUGCGUCGCAGGAACAGGUCAUCACGCGCAGGAUGUGGGACGAGUUGGACGACAGGAAAGCCGCCAUCCUCAACGAGCUCUGGGUCAACCUGGGCUAUCUGCCGCUCACCAUCCACUGGUCUUGUACGAAGGGGUUGAUCUCGGAUGGCUGGGUGGGACUGUUUGGUACCAUCGCGGCCAUGGCUGGAUUGCGGUCGGGUUGGAAGAACAGCGCUGCUCCGCCAGUGCCCCCUGCUGCUGUAGCGAGUGCGUAG